GCGAGCAAGUGUACACGAAAACUACAAUGUCUGUGAUGCUAGAUACAUCAUUAGGAGAGAUUAAGAUCGAGGUAUUCUGUGAGACUGUUCCGCGAGCAGCAGAAAACUUCCUCGCGCUAUGUGCAAGCGGUGCAUACACUGGCACAAUAUUCCACCGGAACAUAAAGGGAUUCAUGAUCCAAGGUGGUGACCCGACUGGAACAGGGAAAGGCGGCCAGUCAAUAUGGGGGAAACCGUUUGCUGAUGAGAUCCGGUCCACCCUGAAGGCGAGUUUCAACAACCGAGGAGUAGUGGCCAUGGCCAACUCUGGCCCGGACACGAACAAAGCCCAGUUCUUCAUAACGUACGGGAAGCAGAGUCACCUGGAUAACAAGUACACCAUAUUCGGGCGGGUCAUCGAUGGGUUGGAAACACUGGAAUCGAUGGAACGCGUGCCGGUGAACCCGAAGAACAGGCCGUUAAAAGACAUCGUCAUCAACAAGGUCACGAUCCAUGCAAACCCCAUUGCAAAUGCUGCUAUUGAGAGAUAGCAUCACAUAUCGCAUGAAAUUAUGGAUGUUUCCGAUGUAUCAUUAGUGUCAUUAGGUGUACGCUGUCACUGUUCCUGUAUAGCAAAGAAUGAUGAAUAUUACCUGCACCGCGAUGGAGCCCUCCCUUCCGUCAGACAGCAGCCACAAGUCUUCUAGGCGCCAUAGGUGCACCCUGCGGCAACGGAGUCCUCGUCCAAUCUGGAAGCCUAUAUCCUCUCUUCCAAGCGUCACUUUCAUCUUCGUCAAUCUCCAGCUCCAUGUCCUCGUCCAUAUCGACACUCUCGUCGGAUGCUGCACCGGCCGCUGCGAGUGCAGCAGCCCGACGGGCAUCCUUUUCUGCUUCUUCGUAUCGCUCGCGGGAGAUCUCUUCACCUGAGAGCUUCAGAGCGCCAGCUAACGACCCUCCAACCCAGACGAUACUCCCCGGUGACCAAUCUGGAGCUCUCCCCUCCUCCACCGGUCUCUGGGGGUUGUUCACCACCCUGAACCUGCCUUUCAGGUGCCUCACCGCUCGCCACGGGUCCGUGCUCCAUUCUGGAUGUUUCGAGAGCCUACCUUGAGACGGUGUAGGCUCGGAGAUCAUCCCUUCCAGCUCUCUCUCAAAGCGGGCAAUCAGACCACGCACACCUGCUGUACCACCAAUAACCAGAAUACGAUCGACAAAGACUUUUCUCAGGUCGGAAUUGAGGGAAGAGAGACAUCGUAGCACAAGUUCAGGGAGAGAGGCCUCGUCAACGUCUCCUGGAGCGAAGAAGAGCUCAGCGGCGCGAGAGCGCACCCAACCGGGGAUGGAAAGGAUGGCGCGGUUCUUGAGAGAGUAUUGGAUGUCGGUACAGGUUGUGUGGGCAGAGUAAAGGGUGCGAAUAGCGUGAAGA